AUGGCUCCGAAUACGCCGCCGGGGAGACCCGGAACGCUCACCGUGGAGCAAGAGCUCAAACUGCGCGAGCUGUGGGCCGCGACAAUGAAGGUGUUCGGCGUGUACGAAGCGCCUGGGGCGAAUUCUGGGGAUGCGAAUACCACAGGGGGGGCUGAAUCCCCUUCCGUUGCUGCCUCUUCGGACGCUGCGUCGGAGAAAGAUGCGACUGGCAAGAAGGAGAAGAAGAAGAGCCGGCUAAACGUCUUCAAGAGGAAAGACAAGGGCGAGAAGAAUGGCGCUACUUCGGACUCGGCACCCGCGUCCGGGACGUCUACGCUCCUGGAGAAAGACAUCAGCGCAAUGGCGAUAGCGGACGAGGACGAUAAACACGGGCAGACGAAGGCCUUCAAGCAGGCCAUCGCUAACAGCUCGCCCGAGGAGAUAAGGGACACGUUCUGGAGCAUGGUGAAGCACGACCAUCCCGACGGGCUACUGCUGCGGUUCCUGCGGGCGAGGAAGUGGGACGUCGAGAAGGCGCUGGUGAUGAUGAUUUCGACGAUGCAUUGGCGGGCCGAGGAGAUGCAUGUGGAUGAUGAUAUCAUGGCGAAUGGCGAGCUACACGCUUUGCGACAGAGUCAGAGCGAUGAUCCCAAAGUGAAGAAGGAGGGGGAGGAUUUUCUCGCCCAACUGCGCAUGGGGAAGUCGUUCUUACACGGGCUGGACAAGGAGGGGAGGCCGAUGUGUGUUGUGCGUGUGAGGUUGCAUAGGGGUGGUGAGCAGAGCGAGGAGUCGAUUGAGCGGUUUACGGUAUACACCAUUGAGACGGCGAGGAUGUUCCUGAGGCCGCCGGUGGAUACUGCUACAAUCCUUUUCGACAUGACCUCCUUCAGCAUGGCCAACAUGGACUACGCGCCCCUCAAAUUCAUGAUCAAAUGCUUCGAGGCAAACUACCCCGAAUCCCUAGGCACCGUGCUCGUCUACAAGGCGCCCUGGAUCUUCAACACCAUCUGGAACAUGAUCCGCGGCUGGCUCGACCCCGUCGUCGCCGGAAAAGUGCACUUUGUCAAAUCGCCCGAGGAGCUGGAGCAAUUUGUCGAAAAGAGUCGGAUCCUGGAGGAAUUGGGAGGGGAAGAGAAGUGGAGCUAUACGUACGUGGAGCCUGCAGACGGCGAGAACGACAAGAUGAAGGAUGAGAACAGGAAAGAGGAAUUGAAGGGGGAGAGACAGCAGAUUGUCAACAUGUACGAGAGCGAGGUGCUUCGGUGGAUCCACGCCGGGGCCGCGGAGAAGGAGAAUAGCGAUGUCUCUGCCGAUCUGGCGCAGAGGAGAAGGACGAGGGAUGAGUUGGCCGAGCAGUUGAGACAGAAUUACUGGAAACUGGACCCCUAUGUCCGGGCUCGGACGCUGUAUGAGAGGAUAGGCAUGCUCAAGGAGGGUGGAGCAGUGGAUUUCUACCCCACCGCUGCGCCUGUAGCAGCGGCGGCGCCGGCGACCACAACGACAACGCAGGAGACGAGUCCGGAUGAUCUGGACUAA